AUGGCGGAGGAGGAAAGAGUCAGUAGUCCGCUCGAUCAGGCAGUGGCAUUCGUUGAUGAGCUGUAUCAUUUUCGAGACCAUUUUGUGGACAGAUUUGGUCUUGACAGGGCGGGUGACAAAGAAACUGAAGUUCAGAAAAUGAUGGGGGAAUGUCUCACAAAAGUAGAAUCACUGCAAGGCGACAUUAAGAAUAAAGCACAGUAUCAUCUGCUUCGUGGCCGGAUUUUGAAUGUCACAUCAAAGUACAGCCAGGAGGCAGAAGAAGCUCUUACCAAGGCAGUAAAGUUGGAUCCUCGUCUAGUGGAGGCUUGGAAUCAUUUAGGCGAGUGCUACUGGAAAAAAGAGGAUGUGUCUGCAGCCAAAAAUUGCUUUACUGGGGCACUGGGUCAUUCAAAAAACAAAGUGUCUCUCCGAAAUUUGUCCAUGGUGCUGAGGCAGCUUAGUGGUCCUCCUGUUGAGAAGGUCAAACUGAUAGAAGAAAGUGUGGAGAGAGCAAAAGAAGCUGUUCAGCUGGACAUCACAGAUGGGAGAUCCUGGCUGAUCUUGGGCAAUGCAUACUUGUGUGAGUUCUUCAGCUCAGGACAGAUACCUAAAGUGCUCAAACAGUGUAUGCAAGCAUAUAGCCAGGCGGAAAAGGACCCAGUAGCCAGAGGUAACCCAGACUUGCAUUUUAACAGAGCAAUGACAUACAAAUACCAAGAGGACUAUCAGAAAGCUCUGGACGGCUUCAGUAUUGCAUCACAGCUCGACCCCAGCUGGAUGGAAGCGAAGGUCAAAGAAACAGAACUCCUCAACUACUUGCUGGACAUACAAAAGAUGAUUGAAUUAAAGGGUAAAAUGAAGCCAAGGAAAAUUGAAUCUCUGUUGAGCAGUUUGAGUGACCGGGACCUGGGACCACAUGCAGGCGGCCAGUAUACUAACAAAACAGGAAAUGUUGUCAGUCUUUCCCAGUGUAAACUUGCUGAGCUACAACCGAAAGUGAACUAUGGGAAAGUUGUUGUGGGCAAGGUCGUUUGCUCAAUAAACUCUACAGACCUUGUUCCAUUUGCAUUCUGCUUAAUUGACGCUGACAAAAUGUGUGUGGCCGUGACUGUGUACAAUCUGGCCCAAGGUGCUGGAAUGAAAAUAGGAGAUUCAGUUGCUAUUCCGGAACCUGUCAUGAAAAAAGUUAAAGUUUCACAUAAGGGAACAGAAAUCAGUUUUUCAAGUAUCCAGGUUGAUUCUCCACGAUGUUUAGUAGUGAAUGGUCGAAAACUUGGUAUUAACAAGGAAGCUCUUACAGUUCUGUCAGUCAGUGCUGUAUCGGAAUGA